AUGAUCUCAGGCAUCACAACCUUGACUUUCUGUACGCUCUGGGCUGCAGUCGUUUCUCAAACUGUGCUGAUCACUCAAUGGCCCCAGUAUAUCUCCAGUCUUUCCAGUGUCCGGGCAGAAAUACACUGCUACCAGAAUAACACUGACCAUCAAUAUCUGUACUGGUACAGACAGAAAGAAAGAAGUGUUCAGUUAGUUGUAGCUAUAGUAGGUAGCACUGUAAACUUUGAAGAUGAAUUCAAAACUGGCUUUGAAACAGAGGCAUCAAAUGUGAAGCAGUGGUCUCUGAUAAUAAGCGGCGUUGAAAGGAAAGAUGAGGCUGUUUAUCUAUGUGCUGCCAGUGAACACAGUGAUGCUUACUUUGGAGCUGGAACUAAACUCACUGUUUUAGAUCCAGACAAAAAACCGACCCCACCAAGCACAGUGAAAGUGCUUUCACCUUCACAAGAUGAGUGUAGCAGCCAGAAAGACCAGAAAAAGAAGAAGACCUUAGUUUGUGUGGCCUCUGGAUUCUACCCAGACCAUGUCAGUGUGGUCUGGCAGAUUGAUGGAGAAAAUAUCAUCAAUGGUUCGGCGACGGACAACACUGCCCUGAAGAAUGACAACGGCUACUACAGCAUCACCAGCAGGCUGAGGGUUCCUGCAGCAACUUGGUUCACACCUGGCAAAAACUUCACCUGCAUUGUCAGUUUCUCAGAUGAAACAAAAACCAGUAACCAUACAGCUUAUGUUUUGGGUGUUCAAGGUGUUGAAGGUAAAGGACGGUUAAUGACAAGAGAGACAUAUUUGAAGACCACACAGACCCUCAAACUCUCCUACGGUGUUUUCAUCGCCAAGAGCUGCGUCUAUGGAGCCUUCGUUGUGUUUCUGGUGUGGAAGCUUCAGAGUUCAUCUGGAAAGCACACCAAAUGAGAGCUGAGCUGAGGCUAGAUCAAAUGAGAUCUGGGAGAUUCUGUUGGAUUCUGUAAAUAAAGCUUGAAAAAGUAGACGUUACAUACAUGUAAAACAUUGUCUACCGCAGUGCCUGUGCAUUCCUUAAUACAUUGAGCCCUUCAAAUUCUGCACUUCUAUGUGUAUUCUUGUUAUAUGAAGCUGUAACUGGCAUGCAAAUAGUUUGGCAUCAACUUACUUGUGGUUACUACGUGGUUUUGAACUGCUUAAAGCUUAUUAUCUUCUCAAUAAAAGUAUUUCAGAGGA